AUGCUACAAGUUUUCUUCGACUUGGAAACGGCGGGUCUAAAAAAGAAUCCAGAAAUGACGCAAAUCGCAGCUUGUUCAAAAGAUGAAAUUUAUAAUGCCUAUGUUAUUCCUUCCAGGGGUAUACCAAAGCGCAUCAGUGAUAUCACCGGUCUUCAAGUUAUUGGGGUCGAGAUGUUUUACGGUUACACAUUAUUAAAAACUAUGUCACUUCGAGUUGCACUCGAAAACUUUUUAACAUUUUUGCAUCAACAAGGCAACAAUGUUAUACUUGUAGCUCAUAAUGGAUACAGAUUUGACUUUCCCAUAUUAUUAAGGACUUUAUCAAGACUCUAUUUGCUGGAAGAAUUCAAGACUAUUAUAAGUGGAUUUAGCGAUACACUACACAUCUUUCACAAAGUUUUGCCAGUACAUGCCAGUUCGGAAAGCGCAGAAGUAGCGCACAAUGCUAUUACAGAUGUCAAUACUUUGCAAAAGCUUGUUGCUAAAAUUAAAAUUGCCAAUUCAAUAAUUGACAAUCUCACUCAGAGUACUUCCGAUUUUUUACGCAAUGAAGCUUUGAAAACUACCCACUCUACUAACAAAACUUCUCUGGAAUUUCUCAAAGAUUGUAUUUCAUCUAAUAUGUUAUCACGAAUAGCAAAAGCAAGUAUUAAUCGUAAUAUACUUAUUGAUGUUUACAAAGCUAAAGGCCCAAAAAGAAUAGAAGUAAUGCUUAGUGAAGAUGUAUGA